AUGGACCGCAACACGUUCGGCCGGCUGUGUCAGGUGUUAAGGCAAUUAGGAGGACUGAGUGAUGGUAGACACGUAAGAGUAGAAGAGCAAGUAGCAAUGUUCGUGUCUGUGCUUGCCCAUCACAAAAAGAAUAGGGUUAUUGGCUUCGACUUUUGGAGAUCCGGGCAGACUAUUUCAAGGUAUGUUCAGAAGGUCCUAACUGCAUUAUUGAGGCUUCACACGUUGCUAUUGGUGAAACCUGAGGCUGUAUCCGAGAACUCCACGGAUCCAAGAUGGAAAUGGUUCGAGGGUUGUUUAGGUGCGCUAGAUGGCACCUACAUAUCCGUGAUGGUACCUAAUGCCGAUAAGCCACGGUAUAGGACGCGGAAGGGAUUAAUCUCGACGAACACAUUAGUUGCUUGUGAUCGGAAUCUAAAGUUCUCAUAUGUACUCCCGGGGUGGGAGGGAUCCGCAGCUGAUUCACGGAUCUUGCGCGACGCCAUUAAUAGGUUGCAUGGAUUGAAGGUGCCAAAGGGAAAUUAUAAUUUGUGCGAUAAUGGGUACGCCAAUAGCGAGGGAUUUUUGGCGCCUUACAAGGGAGUAAGGUAUCAUCUAAAAGAGUGGGGACCUACAUCUGCCAGGCCACAGAACGCCGAGGAAUUGUUCAACAUGCGGCAUACAAAGGCUAGGAAUUGUAUCGAGCGUGCGUUUUGGAUUAUGAAGAUGCGUUGGGGAAUACUCCGGAGCAACACAUUCUAUCCCGUGAAGAUCCAGAAUCGACUUAUCAUGGCAUGUUUCUUGUUGAACAAUUUCAUUAGAUCUGAGAUGGUCAAUGAUCCCAUCGAAGAAAUGUUUGACAACCUUGCUGUCAACGAUGUGGAGGCAGACGAACUGCACGAACAGUGCAUUGACACUGUCGAGGUUUCAAACGAGUGGAAUGCUAAGAGGGAUGCCAUUGCACAGGCCAUGUGGCAGAGCUUCUACCUAGGGGCAUAA